GCCAUGAGGAUACAUUCCGCGUCCUAUUUAGAUAAAGGGGAAAGGGCAUUGUGCAUCUAACAUUAUUCGCGCAACGGUCAGCUGAUAAUUCGCUGCCUCUUCUCCCUGCGUGGUCUGACCACCAACCGAACUCUGGAGAAUGAAUAGAUCAUAUACGAAUCUUUGACCCUCUGCCUUGAGAAAAUUGUAAGCCUCGAAUUCCAUGUCAAUGAGCAUAGGUGGGAAGGCGAUAUAUGAUGUACCUACCAAUGACGGAAGUAGUAAGAAGCGAUAGGAGUGUCAUAAGACACUCCGUAAAAGAUCACAUUAGGAUGCACAGGCCCCCGACACUCCCGAUAUCAGAAUCGGGGAAGAGGGAGGAGGGAGAGGGCGGAGGAGCUCAUGGCGGCGGCGAAGGACAGGUGAGGGCCCGAGAUGGGCAGCUGAGGGGAGGCGAUUGGAGGGGCGGGUCACAGCAAGCGCAUCAACGAAGUUCAAAUCCAUUUCUCGAUCUUGAACACGAAGGCAGGAUGAGAUGUUGGACUAAAAGUGGAUCCUGUAAUUUCUUGACAUGAUUGAUGACUGGCUUAGGCACCCGAGAGCCCUUGCUUGUAUCUAGGUGAC